UACACACACACACAAACACCCCGGAUCGAAGACCCACCCUUGCCCUCGCCAUGAACCACUGGCUAAGCUCCCUUCUCGGCCUGCUGACCCUCGCGAUGGGCCUGUCCACUCACCCCACGCCCAGCCACUCCUCAAAAGCAACGGUGGCCGAGGUGGCUACAGUUCUCCACACAAAGGUCCAUCAGCUCCUCAGCCUAUACGUAAAGGAUCUGCUCCAAGGGGCGAUAUUAAAGGGUGAUCACCGCCUCCCCUCCCUGCCCCUGCUCUCAGGCAGUGCUACUGACCUUGACUCCGUCCAGGCUGAUGUCAGUCUCCCAGCAAUACAGAGCUCCCUCCGCACUUAUGAGGCACAUCUGGUGUGGCUCCGGGACAACAAACUCAUCCAACGCACCAACCUCACCCACAAGAUCACGGAGGUGCUGAGACUUCUUCAGAGCCUGGCCUUCCGAGUGGAGGAUGAGAUGCAAAAGUUGAAUCUACCUCGGCAACCAACCACCAGCUUCGCUCUCACUGUGACGAAAAACUGGCCUACACUCCGCGCGGGAUACAUCAUCCUCCGGGACCUUCGCAUCUUCCUCAACAAGAGCGCGCACGAGCUCCUCGAGCUGUACCCAGAAUGGUGAAGGAAGGAGGGAUGGAAGAGGGCUCGUGAGGCCUGAGGUGCUUUGACGAGAGAGGGAGAGACUCCCUUUCUCCUUCCUCUCCCCUCUCUCAUUUCCCCUUCCCUUAUAAUUUAUUAAGUUAUUGCUUUUCUUCUAAUUUAUUUAUUUAAUGCCAACCCCCCCCCCACUCCUCACUGGAACAUCACAAGGUGGGGGUGAGUUCAAAGACCCCAUCUCAGACUAGAGACUACACUGUGCAAGUUGUGCCCUGCUGGGACCUUUCUUAAAGGCUCUGUAGGAAGUUGUCCCAAGAGGCUUGGGAUGUUCCAACAGGUCCCAAAUUAAGCCUGGAUCUUUCCAAUGGCCCCUGUGGGAGGCCAAGUCCCACACACUGGCCUUAGACAUUCCAACAGGCCUGAAAUGAAGCCUGGAGCUUUCCUACAGCCUCCACAGCAGGACAAAUUCCACACAAUGUUCUGUCAAUAGGCCUUAGAAGGUUCAACAGGCCCAAGGUGAAGCCUGGAGAUUUCCUACAGCCUUAACCAGAGGCUAUGUCUUACACAAUGAACAACAGGAAUUCUGCAGAUGCUGGAAAUUCAAGCAACACACAUCAAAGUUGCUGGUGAACGCAGCAGGCCAAGCAGCAUCUCUAGGAAGAGGUGCAGUCGACGUUUCAGGCCGAGACCCUUCGUCAGGACUAACUGAA